AACAUACAAUAAAUACUCAUUAAUACUUACAUAAAAGAUUGAACUAGAUAUGGAAAUAAUAAUAUCAAUCACUUUAUGCUUAACAACCCUCCUUGCACUUCUACUCCUAAAAUCCAUCCUUAAAAGAACCACCACAACCAAACUCAACCUACCACCGUCACCAUGGCGACUUCCGGUGAUCGGAAACCUCCACCAGCUCAGCCUCAAUACUCACCGCUCUCUCCGCUCCCUGAGUCUCCAAUAUGGACCACUCAUGCUUCUUCAUUUCGGCCGCACACCAGUCCUUAUAGUCUCCUCCGCCGACGUUGCUCAUGACAUCUUGAAGACGUACGAUGUUAUUUGUGCCAACCGCCCAAAAACAAAAGUGAUUGAUAAAAUUUUGAAAGGUGGCAGAGAUGUGGCUUUUGCCCCUUAUGGGGAAUAUUGGAGACAGAUAAAGAGUAUUAGCAUCCAGAAUCUACUCAGCAACAAAAUGGUCAGGUCUUAUGAGAAAAUAAGAGAAGAGGAGAUAAAACUAAUGAUUGAAAAGAUGGAAAAAGCGAGUUGUUCUUCUCCUCCCUCACCGGAUAUGUUUUUAGCGGGAACGGCAACAACUCUCUCAUUUCUUGCAUGGGCAAUGACAGAACUCAUGAGACAUCCAAAGGCCAUGAAGAAACUCCAAGAAGAGAUUCGUUCAAGUUCACCACAAGAUUUAUUUGUAACGGAGAAAGAAGCUGAGAAGAUGAAUUAUCUACAAGCUGUUAUUAAGGAAGCGUUAAGGUUGCGUCCACCAGCUCCACUAUUGGUUCCACGAGUACUUAGUGAAGAUGUCACGUUAAAGGGAUACAAUAUUCCAGCAGGAACACAGGUUAUAAUCAAUGCUUGGGCAAUCCAACGAGAUACUACAACAUGGGGGAUAGAUGCAGAAGAGUUUAGGCCAGAAAGGCAUUUAGACUCAAACUUGGAUUUCCAAGGACAAGAUUUCAAAUUCAUUCCAUUCGGCUCGGGCAAAAGGAUAUGUCCUGGAAUAGGAUUCACAUCCGCGUUGAUCGGGGUUACAUUGGCCAAUAUCUUGAAACGGUUUAACUGGAGAAUGGAUGUAGAACCACAAAGAGUUCAACAUGACCUAACUGAAGCAACCGGUCUCGUGAUUUUCCGCAAAUUUCCUCUUAUUGCUACUCCAUCUCCUGCUUGAUUCCUCGGGCCAACACUUCUCUCUUUUGCUUGGUUAAUGAAUAAAACAUUGUAAAAAUUUGUAUGGCUUAAUGAUGUCUUUUGUUGCAUAUUCAUAUUUGA